CCCACGCCACCCUCCCCCCUCUACAGUCUUCACAUCCCCACCCACCACGCCUCCCACUUGCGACUACGGCCGCCAGACCGGACCGGACCAAACCACCAACCCCACCCCCGCCGCGGCCAUUGCCGAUUGCCCGCAUCCGCAGCGCGAGCAAGCGAGACAGCCGAGCGGGAGCAGGAAGAGGAGGAGGCGGAGAUGACGCUGCUGUGCGUGCCACUGGUGGGGCGGACGGUGGAGGAGAUGCAGGCCGACGCCGCGGCGGCCGCGGCCGCCGGCGGCGACCUCGUCGAGAUCCGGCUCGACUUCAUCGAGGGGUUCCGCCCGCGCGAGCACCUCCCGCGCUUGCUCCGCGGGUGCCCUCUCCCGGCACUCGUCACCUACCGACCUAACUGGGAAGGAGGCCAAUAUGAAGGUGAUGAUACUGCAAGAUUUGAAGCACUACGUUUAGCAAUGGAACUAGGUGUAGACUAUGUUGAUAUUGAAUUGAAGGUCGCUGACAAAUUUAUCAGCUUCAUGUCUGGUAAUAAGCCAGAGAAGUGUCAACUUAUUGUUUCUUCACAUAAUUAUGAAUAUACUCCAUCCAGUGAGGAGCUUGCAAAUCUUGUGGCUAGAAUACAAGCUGUUGGAGCUGACAUAGUGAAAGUUGCAACAACUGCUAAGGACAUUGUUGAUGUGUCACGGAUGUUCCAAGUGAUGGUACACUGCCAAGUGCCUAUGAUUGGACUGGUGAUGAGUGAAAGAGGUUUGAUGUCAAGGGUGUUAGCACCCAAGUUUGGUGGAUAUCUUACAUUUGGGAUACUGAAUGCUACAAAGACAUCAGCAUCUGGACAACCAACAGUUAACGAAUUACUGGACAUCUAUAAUAUAAGGCACAUAGGACCUGACACAAAGGUUCUUGGUCUUAUAGCCAAUCCAGUAAAGCAGAGCAAGAGUCCAAUUUUGCACAAUAAAUGUCUUCAAUCCGUCAGAUACAACGCUGUUUAUCUUCCACUUCUGGGAGAUAAUCUUGCUAGUUUUCUUGAGACAUAUUCAUCUCCAGACUUUUCGGGAUUUAGUUGCUCUCUUCCUUUCAAAGUGGAUGCGGUACAGUGUUGCGAUGAACAUGAUCCAGUUGCUAAGUCAAUUGGAGCGAUAAACACAAUAAUUAGAAGACCAGAUGGCAAGUUAGUGGGGUACAAUACUGAUUACAUUGGAGCAAUUUCUGCUAUUGAGGAUGGCAUAGGAGGUCCAGGGUCAAAGGAUGCUGCCAUCUCACCGUUGGCUGGUAGGCUUGUUGUUGUUGUUGGUGCUGGUGGUGCUGGUAAGGCAAUUGCUUAUGGGGCAAAGGAGAAGGGUGCAAGGGUAGUUGUGGCAAACCGGACCUAUGAAAAGGCAGUAAGUCUUGCCAAUGCAGUUGGUGGUCAGGCCCUGAGAUUAGCAGACCUGGAAACUUUCAGGCCUGAAGAAGGGAUGAUCCUUGCUAAUGCAACAUCAUUGGGGAUGUACCCAAAUGUGGAUGGCACUCCUAUUCCGAAGAAAGCAUUGAGUUUCUAUGAUGUGGUAUUUGAUGCCGUAUAUGCCCCGAAAGUUACCCGGCUUCUACGAGAGGCAGGAGAAUGUGGAGUAAAAGUUGUUAGUGGUGUGGAGAUGUUUGUUAGACAAGCUAUGGGUCAAUUUGAGCAUUUCACGGGUGGUAUAGAAGCUCCUGAAAGCCUGAUGCGUGAGAUAGCUGCAAAAUACACCUAACAGGCUUAUGGCCAAAAAACGGCUUUGAUGAAUAUUCUCCUGAAGAUUUUGUCAGGAUUGAGUGAAUAAAGGUUUUAGAUACCUGCCUGAUUUUGCACGUAUGGUGGUUUUUGUUGUGUUGUUAUAUUUCGCCGACUUGUGUCCUACGGACAAAGGAUUAAAUGGAAAUGCUAUAUAGUGUUUAUUCUUUUACUUCCAAUAAAACACAGGAUAAAAAGUCAGUUUAGGAACAAUAUUACGAUGGCCAAGAAAAAGAUAUGCGUCAGUCUGUAUUCAGUUGGUUCCAUGUUGAUCAUGUAAGAGCUACGACUGUCGACUUGCCUGACCAGUUUCUGGCAUUGUCGCACUUGCGGUUUGGUGGCUUGAAGAAUUGCCACUUGUUUCACCUGAA